CCCGACCCCAUCUCCGCCCCCAAAACUCCGCUCCACCCCUUCGACAUAGCGACAGCAACAAUCACCGCACAAACCUCGAUCCAGCACAGACAACCGGCACGAUGAGUUCGCCGUUCAGCAUCAACGGCGGCGCAUGCGUAGCAAUGGUCGGGAAAGACUGCGUAGCCAUCGCCUGUGAUCUGCGCCUGGGACUCCAAGCUCUCACAGUCUCCAACAACUUCCCCAAAAUCUUCCCUUUCGGCAGCUCCACCUACCUAGGGCUGACUGGACUCGCCACAGACGUCUCCACGGUCUCCGAACUGUUCCGUUACAAAGUCAACAUGUACCGUCUACGAGAGGAGAGAGAUAUCAGCCCGAGAACAUUCGCGAACCUGGUCUCGAGCAGUUUGUAUGAAAAGAGAUUUGGCCCUUGGUUCAUCUCUCCUGUUGUGGCUGGACUGGACAGUAAGACGGGGAAACCGUUUAUCUGUGGCUUCGACUCCAUUGGCUGCAUCGAUUUCGCAAAAGACUUCAUCGUUGCGGGAACCGCCUCGGACCAACUCUUCGGAACAUGCGAAGGUCUGUGGGAGCCGGAUCUCGGGCCUGAGGAUCUCUUUGAGACCAUGUCACAAGCUCUGUUGAGUGCUGUGGAUCGUGAUGCACUGAGUGGUUGGGGCGCACAUGUCUACAUCAUUGAGAAGGACAAGGUGACGAAGAGACUGUUGAAGGGACGACAGGACUAGACGCAAGGCUUUCCACCAGGGCGUUGGCGAGCAUGAUGACGGAGAAGAAGGCGACAUGAUGAAGAGAGCGCGACAGCAUUGCUUCGCGCCCCUGUAUGAUAGCAAGAGCAAGGCGUCGAAAGCGGCCUACAAAUGCUGAGAUGCAGUUUGUAUAGGCAUGAGCGGAAGCUCGGACGAAAUGAUACCAAUGCAGACAUAUUCCCGACUCCCGGACAUCGAAGUCGAGGCCAUCAGCAGCUUGUCCAGUUUCUGGGUACACAUCUGUGAAAUUCAUUUCUCAUAGGUCGCGAAAUACCUCUGGUACAUAUUUACAAGCUGCCUCGCAACAACAGUGAGAGCCUAGGUAUCGUGAC